ACAGGGUCAGAGGGGAGGUGCGAUUGGCUGCUGCCUUCAGAGGCUGUCAGUGGUUCUUGUGGGUGACAUCAAGGUGACUGAGGGGAGGCUGUAUAAAAUGUUCGCGCACUGGAAAUCUCUCCAGAGAGGUUCAACCACAGUCUAUAGAGACAACUUUCGCUGCCGCGCACUGGCCAUACAGCGAUGGCUGCAAAAUCAGAGCUUUCAAGCUGGUCGGACUACCCGGAGGAGUUCACCCUGCUUCAGCAGCGGAACCUGGCCCAUAUCAACUCCAAAACCUGGAUUCAGCUGCACCAUGCGUGCUGCAGGACGCCUGGAGCCACCGACGCAGAACUCUCACUGGAUAAACUUGUGCCAGUGCGUAAACUUCCCGAGUGCGCGUCUGCGUCAAGCAUCACAGAGGCAGACUGUAACAGGGCAGCAGAGGGAGACCAGACGAGCCACUUUGGGCCCCAGAAACACAGGCGCGUCGCAGCCAACGCCCGGGAGAGGAGGAGGAUGCACGGCCUGAAUAAAGCCUUUGACGAGCUAAGGAGUGUCAUCCCCUCUUUGGAGAACGAGAGAAAGUUGUCCAAGUAUGACACACUGCAAAUGGCGCAGAUCUACAUCACUGAGCUGUCGGAACUCCUGUCAGGUGUGGUGCAUCCGGAGUGCAGGAGUCCGCGUCCGGUAUCCGCAGACAAGACCUGCAGGAUGAGUUUGAUCCACACCCUGCUGCCAGCAGGUACCGCGCAGCCUCCAAUCCAAAUGACCGGAGACCAGCGGGACACCUGCGCCUCGAUCAGCCACCUUUUAAUUCUCGGACCUACAUCUGACAUGGGGUCAAAUAAAUCAACGAGCUCUUCGAAUAGCAGUGAUGGGGAAUCUUCACAGCUGAGUGACUUGGAGGAGAGUCAGUGCGGCAGACAGUGACAGAAAACCACGGACUUGUCUUAGACUUUUUACGACAGUAACAGUGAUAGAAAAAAACCGAGAACCAAAACAUUAGGUCAUGUUGAUCAUGUGAGGAAGUCGAACAUCUAUAGACAUUGUUAAUAGUCUGGAUGAUGUACUGCCAAAUGUUAAAAGCAGGUAAACUCAAAAAUUGAGUUGUUUUUUUUUUCAUCUCAGGGCCAUGAUGAACUCAGAGGCCUUUUUAAUGCACUUUAUGGCCUGAUCAGACAUUCCCAGUGUCAUUAGUGAAAUGUGUCUAAAUUAAAAGCAGUUAUUUUCAUAUUUAUGUAUAGAUAUUUUAAGAGGAUUGUUUUGCUACAAUAAAGAUACUUGAAACACGA